AUGCCGCUAAAUCUGCCCGAAACUCAAUUGUUAUCAGAUCCCAAAGAUUCUGUUUCAUCUUGGAUUUUGACUCAUGAUCAAGAAGCUGCUGACAUCGCACUUCUCCUCUCUGCUAGUUAUUUGGGCGCACUCUUUUUGAGUAGCAUCGCUGAUAUGGCACUCAGUGGCCCAAUUCGCGUGACCUUGACUCACAACCCUGGAGCUUGGGCAGGGGUGGUACAAGCCAUCACCCUUCAAGCUCGUCAGUACUCCACACCGAUCGAUUCCGCAAUCCCUGAUUCAAAGCGAAAAUACAUUCCUUCUUCUGGAACAUAUCCGCUGGGGUUCAGCGUUUCCGGAACCCAUGUUGGAGUCAAGGCGUCAAAUACUACGCGCCCUGACUUGGCAAUUAUCUGCUCUGAGGUUCCAAGCUCCGCAGCUGCCGUGUUUACGAAGAACAGAUUCCAAGCCGCGCCCGUACAAGUGAGCAAAGAGACCUUAGAAGCUAGCGCAGGAUAUGGUAUUCGUGCCAUUGUAGCCAAUGCCGGCUGCGCCAAUGCUGUUACUGGGAAAGGCGGGUUAGAAGACGCAAAGUCCAUGAGCGUCAAAACGGAUGAGUGUAUCGGACAUGAUUCUACAGGAGAAGUCAAACAUUCGAGUACUCUAGUUAUGAGUACAGGUGUAAUUGGUCAAAGACUGCCUAUUCAGAAGAUCCUCUCGGGCAUUCCCACCGGCUACUCGAACCUUUCCUCUACUCACGACGCAUGGCUCAGUGCCGCUCGAGCAAUAACUACGACGGAUACAUUUCCGAAACUCGUAUCCCAGUCUUUCACUCUUCCCUCGUCCCCUAAACGUACAUAUAAAAUUGCUGGGAUAACUAAAGGCGCCGGAAUGAUUCAUCCCAACAUGGCAACCCUUCUUGGCAUAAUUUGUACAGACGCACCGAUCGAGCCACCCGCCUUGCAAACUCUUCUCACUCAUUCCGUUGCUCGUUCGUUUAAUUCUAUCUCCAUUGACGGCGAUACCAGUACAAACGACACCGUAGCGAUUCUAGCAAACGGCGCUGCAGGUGGUGAACAGAUUUCCUCUCCUGCGACCCCCGAUUACCAAAAGAUGCAAUCCGUUCUAACAACGUUCACUCAAGCCCUAGCGCAGCUGGUUGUCCGAGACGGGGAGGGAGCGACCAAGUUUGUCACUGUGCGAGUGAGGAACUCCCAGUCAUACCGCGACGCGAAGCUCAUUGCAUCAACAAUUGCCCGUUCCCCUCUUGUGAAAACGGCCCUGUAUGGUAAAGAUGCAAACUGGGGUCGUAUUCUUUGUGCUAUUGGCUACACCCAUGGAAUUCAGCCUGACACGGUCAUUCCUCAGCAAACAAGUGUCAGUUUCAGGCCGGUAGAUGGAAAUCCUGAACUCAAGCUCCUUGUAAAUGGGGAACCAGAGGCUGUGGAUGAAGAAAGAGCGGCUAAAAUAUUGCAAAAUGAAGACUUGGAAAUCGUUGUUGACCUUGGUCAUGAGUCAGAUGGCGUGGAAGAUGCUCUUUACUGGUUUUGUGAUUUUAGCCAUGAAUACGUUACUAUCAAUGGUGAGUAUAGAACGUAG